UUGUUUACAUGCAAAAAUCAGAGAGCUUCAUUUAUUUUGGCAAAAAGUAUGCUUCAGUGCUAUGUCUCGAAGAGGAAAUGUCGUUUAUAGACCACCAGAGUCCGAUUCUGAGGAUGAUUACUACGAUGGAUUUGCCUUUGGCGAUGAUAUAAUAAAGAAGAAACCUUCGGUCAACUGGUACAAAAGAAACGAUGACGAGCUAUACGAAGCUGUUAUGAAGGGAGAUCUGGAAAAGAUUAAGCAACAAGUUGAGUUGAACAAUGUGGAUGUCAAUGAACCCGUGAGAUGUGGCUUCACCAUAUUGCUGCAUGCCUGCAAGGAGGGUAACUUGGAUAUUGUUGAGUAUUUGAUAGAAGAGAAACAGGCUGAUGUUAACCAACAAGUAGACUCCAUUACACCACUGAUGAAUUGCUGCGACUCGCAGUGCAAUAAUCCCGAUGUAAUUGAGAAAAUUGCCAAAAUACUGUUAUUGCAUGGUGCCGUUGUAAAUGUGGCCGAUAAAUAUGGCACUACUCCCUUUAUGUUGGCCUGUAAGAAUGGCCACACUAAGGUGGUGAAGUUGCUAUUAAAGGAAGUCAGUUUUGAUGCCGUAGACAAUCAGGGAUGCACCCCAAUAUUUCAUGCUAUUGAAAAUAAUCGUGCUGAUAUUGUCAAAAUCCUUAUUGAUGCUGGCGUCAACUACACUAUAGCCAAUAAGAAAGGCUAUACUCCCAUACAAGUGGCACAGUUCCAUGGAUUUUAUGAUCUUCUCGAAAUUUUUCCCAAACAAAAGGAAGCAUUUAUUGUGCCUUCACAAUAUCUCGGUUACAAUACAUUGCGUGAUUAUAUACCACGCAUAUUUCUUAAAUCUGAAUGUCCUGAAUACUUUCAAGAAAUCAAUACCAUAUUGCUAUCGAUUAGCAUGGAAAACUUUUUGGAGUACUUUGCCAAGGAAAGAGUACCAUUGUCGCAGUUUUUGUGCAUGCAAGAUCAACGCUUGAAAGAGUUGGGCAUUCAAUUUCCCAUAUAUCGCAUGAAGAUUAUGAAGGGAUUGUUGGAUUUCCAUUUACAUCAUUGGUCAAAGAAAUCCAUAGCCCGAGUGAACAGAUCUUCCCAUGAACAUUUCUAUGAAAUUUUAAUGAUAACAGCCAAUCAUUUGCAACAUUUGGUAAUUAUUAAUUCCACAUUAAAGUUUGUUAAGAAUCAUUUGGAAAAAAAUCUUCUUGGUCCUGUAACAAAUGAGAAUAUGAAGGCCUUGCAAAAAACCUUGAAAAGCUAUCGAGGUACUAUAAAGGAAUUGAAAAAGACCACCAAAUAUCUAGCUUCAUUUAGCCCACCCAAGAAUCCUCUAUACAUUGACUACGACGAAUACCUGGCUGAACGUAAACGUUCCAAAUUGAAAUAUUAUUUUAAGUACACCACCAUUGCUAUAGGCAUAUCCGUAUUCAUAUGUCUAAAAUGUAGACAAUUUUUCUAAGAGCUUGAAUAUUUUGCUUCAUUGGUGUGUAAUAAUGUGUAUGGGUAUUAUAGUUAACACAGACCAUUUCCUUUGGCCGAAGGUCUAACACAAUCUCGAACUAUCUUUUAAGCUUAGACAACCUAUUUCAAAGUCUCUCAUUGAUGUUAAUAUUGUUACUAGCUUUAAUAUUGCUUUCCAGAGUACAGUAUUUAGCGUUAUUGUUGUCACAAACAAACAAAAAAAGUCAGUUGCAUUUAUAUAAUAUUUUUAGAAUUUACUCGCAUUUUUUGAGCUUU